CUCUUUUCAAUAAGGAAGGUCCACUUCUGAAUCAAGCAAAAUGUUUUCCCUUAAAUCUAUCGUACUCAUCGCUGCAGCUUUCACCAUCAGCGCUGAAUGCAGUGCUCCAUUGGUUGCACAAGCUCACGUCGGAUAUGCACAUGCAGUACCGCAAAACGUUCCUCCAUAUGCAUCCCAAGUCAGCGUUGAAAGUAAGGCCAUUGGCCCGUAUUACGCUGGUCCACUUGCCGCACCGUAUGCCGCCGCUUUCGGCCCACCCAUCGCUCCAAUAGCCGCUAGGGUUGCACCAGCUGUUGCCGCUCCGUUCGCAGCCGCAUCAUACGUAGCUGCUCCUUACGCCGCUGCUCCAUACGCCACUGCUCCAUACGCUGCUGCUCCAUACGCCGCUGCUCCGUACGCUGCCGCUCCUUACGCUUACCCUGGCCCCUUCGCUGGCCCAGCUGGCUAUGCUGCUCCUUACCCAUACGCAGCAGGUGCACCUUUAGUUCGCGCAGCGUUCGGUGUUGGUCCAGCAUUUGUGCGAUAG